UAUAUGCUGUAUAAGGAAGAUAAGGAAUUUCGCAUUAUUAUCUGCUGUCAAGUUUAUACGAGUGAAAGAUGGAAAAGACAGAAAAAACGCUUCCUGUAAGUCACGUGCUUAACUAACAAGAUAAUAUAAUGGAAUACUUUCACACGAAUGAUGGCUUUAUUUUGCCAGUGUUGUUUCUCCUUGUGUCAGCUUAUGGAACGCCAGUUAAUGAAACUCAUGCCAAAAUAUUAUGUAGAGAUGAUGCGUUCAUUGACUGUAAGUUAGCAGACGAAGCUCACAACAUAUGUGCAAUAAGAACACUGGCCGCUGUCAAACUCUGUCCAAAAUAUUGUGGCUUCUGCACAGCGGACGGAUCCACACUGCCACCACCCACAGGAACAACAAUAGAUACAUGUAUAGACAGUGGGGACAUAGACUGUAAACAAAUGAACGAUACAUUACAUUUAUGUGCCAAGAAAGACUCCCCGCCCACGCUAUUAUACUGUCCGAAAUUCUGUGGUUUAUGUACAUCUCAAAGCGAAGGCAAUGUAACAUAUCACGUGACAACAACAGUCUCCAGUGGUUCUUCAGAAAUAACUGACGGCGGUUCAUGUAAAGAUGAAAUAUACAUGGAUUGUAAACUAGCAGACGACACUCACAAUAUCUGCGCAGAAAGAUCACUGGCUGCUGUCAAAUACUGUCAAAAAUACUGUGGUUUUUGUUCAGCGGAUGGAUCCACACUACCGCCACCCACAGGAACAACAAUAGAUACAUGUGUAGACAGUGGGGACUUAGACUGUAAACAAAUGAACGAUACAUUACAUUUAUGUGCCAAGAAAGACUCCCCACCCACUUUAUUAUACUGUCCGAAAUUCUGUGGUUUAUGCAUGCCCUCUGAUGGAGGAAAUACAAAGUCUGCUUCAACAACAUCCGUAACAUCUACAGCUCUAAAUUGUAGAGAUGAGAUCUACAUUGACUGUAAACUAGCAGACGACUCACAUAACAUAUGUGCAGAAAGAAUUCCAGCAGCUGUCAAAUUCUGCCAGAAAUAUUGCGGUUAUUGUACAGUCUAUGGAUCCACACUACCGACGCCGAUGGGAACAGAAACAUGUAUAGACAGUGGAGAUAUCGACUGUAAAGAGAUGAACGAAAAUCUGAAUAUAUGUGCCAUGAAAGACGACCCACCCACACUCCUAUACUGCCCGAAAUUUUGUGGUUUAUGCACGCCAUCUAGUGGAGCAAAUGAAUCCAACCAUGUGACAUCAACAAUUUCAAAUGUGUUCACAUCAAGUCAAAGUUCACAAACAACACAGACGAAAACCACACAGAUGACGUCAAAGUCAUCAACCAUACAGUCUACUACAACGAGUCCUCCACCUAAAACACUCCCACCAACAACAACGCAAUGUGCGGUAUGCUCUGGACCACCAUUUCUAUGUGAAAAGCUGUUCCAACCUACAGCCUGUACUCCACCGAACAAUUACUGUAUCAAUACAAUAACGAACAAGCUAGAUGGCACUAGAACCGUAAAUAGAGCAUGUGGAGAUUUUAACACCUGUUAUAGAGAAUGGUACCUGGGAACAUCGGACGAGGACAAGUGUCGUAAUUUUGACGCUACCGAUCAGCAGUUUAUCGACUUUCGGUGUACAUUCUGUUGUAUCAGUGACAACUGUAACAAACCACUACGUCCUCUAAACAGCGACCUCUACAAACCAGUCUAGUCGUCACAUCACACUCUCAUUUUUUAAAAUUAUGUUUAUCUUUGAAUAAAUCUGUUGAAAUAUGA